AUGUCUGGAGGUGUAGCAACUCGGAAUGAUUGUGUUAAGCUAUUACUAAGUCCCCCCAGCCACCUUUAUUCUUUUCUUUACAAUCCAGUCGAUCAAUUUAGCUAUCUCUUCAAGUUUCUCAUCAUCGGAACUGCGGGGGCGGGGAAAACCUGUAUUCUUAGGCGAUAUACGGAAAGGAAGUUCAUAGGCAAUAUGCCGCAUACCAUCGGUGCCGAGUUUGGCAGCAAAAUCAUCAGUGUUGAUGGAACUGCAGUAAAAAUCCAGAUAUGGGACACCGCAGGCCAGGAGCGUUUUCGGUCAAUGGCACGGUCCUAUUACCACGAUGCCGUGGGUGCAUUGUUGGUUUACGACAUAACCAACCGAGAUUCUUUCAACGCACUUUCCCACUGGCUAAGCGAUGUACGUCAGCUGGCUGCUCCCGAAGUGGUGGUUAUUCUUGUGGGGAACAAACUGGAUCUUCAGGACCAGGAUGGGCAAGUCACUCAUUGGGAAGCAAAUGCUUUUGCUCAGGACAAUGACCUUCACUUCAUCGAAACAUCUGCAUUAACUGGAGAAAAUGUGGACGAGUCAUUCCUGCACUGUACGAGGACUAUACUAGCCAAAAUCAAAUCUGGCGAUCUGGAUCCAGAUCGCCUUGGCUACGGUCGUCAGCGCAACAUCCUCGGAGGCAUCCCUGGUGGCGACCGUCCGUUACCUCUGACUGACACGCAACCAUCAGUAGUGACGUAUCAUAACGAUUGCAGUUGUUAACUCUUUCAUGUCUGGCAACCGUAUGUUUUAGCCCGAUACAGACCUGUACAGUAUGUGAACGCGCUCAUGAUUCAAUCCACAUUCGGAAUUUUACUGCGCACAGCGUUUCAAUAUAAAGCUGUUGUGAUUCUUCCACCUAUACUGCCGUAUUGGUAGCCAUGAUUUCAUUUCUCCGUUGUAUGUAACUCUUUCCUCCCGCCCUUGUUAGAUCUCACCAAGACAGUUUUAUUUACGUCUCAUACAGGGUGUGAACUGCUUCUUAUUUGUACUGUCUACAUUGGUCCAUGUCGGUCGUUUCGUUCUUGUUCGUUUAUUUUCUUAUCGUGUUCUCGUUUAUCUCGUACUCCGCCGGCCCUCGUUUGAUUUACGUGGCUCGAGUUUUUCUGAUUUUUAUGUGGUCAUUUUUUUCUCAUGGUAUAAUUUUCAGAUGAACAUAUCUUUA